ACUUCAUUUUUCACCUGACAGUCUUUUCCGGUUCAUGCCGUUGCCCUCGUAACGUGACGUCAUUGCGCAUGUGCACUGGGCAGGGCAGUAUGGCGGUGCCGUGGAGGCGAUUCUGGAUGAGCAGCGCAGGAGCUGGUGUUUUAUUGGACUGGUGCUGUGGGAUCAGUGGAAGAGCGUUCACUCAUGCGGCUUCAGUGGGCAGAGAAUCAGCCGCUUUCAGAGCAGUAAGACAGGUGCUGGUUCGAGGUGGCCCUGAACAUAAUUUUAGCAAACCAAUGUCACUCUCAAGGCACAGUAAUAGACAUCUUUACCCAACACAGCGACUGUGCUGUUGCAGUAUACACAGUGAUACAAAGUUCAAAGAUCCUUUUUCACUUGCACAGAAGGACUUGCAGAAUUUAUAUGAAGACAUAAAGAAGGAGUUGUUUGUCUCUAAAUUUGAGCUGAAAGCGCUGUGUGAUUAUUACUUUGAUGGGAAGGGAAAAGCCUUUAGACCAAUGAUUGUUGUUCUUAUGGCUCGAGCUUGUAACGUCCACAGCAACAAAGAGGGGGUUCUGCUGCCGGCACAGCGGUCUAUAGCUAUGAUCUCUGAGAUGAUCCACACCGCAAGCCUGGUGCACGAUGACGUUAUUGAUGAUUCAGACACUCGCCGUGGAAAAAACACUAUUAACAAUAUGUGGGGAGAAAGAAAAGCUAUCCUGGCUGGAGAUUUUAUUCUGUCAGCAGCUUCUAUGGCUUUAGCACGUAUUGGAAACAAUAUAGUGGUUUCAGUGCUGUCACAAGUCAUAGAAGACCUUGUGCGAGGUGAAUUCAUGCAGUUGGGGUCUAAAGAGAAUGAAAAUGAGCGAUUCAAGCAUUACCUUGAGAAAACCUUUAAGAAGACUGCAAGUCUCAUUGCAAACAGUUGUAAAGCAGUUUCAAUUCUGGUGAACUCUGAUCCUGAAGUGCAUGAGAUAGCUUAUCAAUAUGGACGAAACGUUGGCAUAGCUUUCCAGCUUGUGGAUGACAUUCUUGACUUCACAUCAUGUGCAAACCGCCUGGGGAAGCCAUCAGCUGCAGAUCUCAAACUGGGCCUGGCCACCGGUCCCGUUCUGUUUGCUUGCCAGCAGUUUCCGGAGCUGCAUGCAAUGAUCAUGCGCCGUUUCAGCGCUGAUGGAGAUGUGGAUCGAGCCUGGCAAUACGUCCUGAAGAGUGACGGUGUGGAACAGACCAACUACCUCGCCCAACACUACUGCAAAGAGGCCAUCCGUCAGAUCAGCCAGCUGCGGCCAUCGACCGAGCGAGACGCGCUGAUCCGACUGACGGAGCUGGUGCUGAGCAGGGACAAGUGAGCCUGGAUCCAGGUUCCAUACUCAGGCAGCUACACCUCUGCAGUGCCUUCACCCAAACAGAGAAUGAAAUGAUUUACACUGUUGUCACUGUAUACUUUACCGUACUGUAAUCGCAGAACACUCCCUGUCCGAUCACAGAGUCCUGAGCCCUGCCACCCCUGCACGAGGUGCAGUAAAGGAAGUCCUGCGAGAUCAAUGUAAUUCCAGGUGUAGCACAGAUGGAGGUGCCACUGUAACGUGUGUCUAUGUGGAUCUGUUACAGAUGCUUGCCUAAACAUCCGUCCACAUUAUGAAAGGCCAAACGUCUUAGAUGUUGUUGUCAAUGUACUCGUCACAUCAAGUGCUCAAUAACAAUCAAGGCCUUAAACCACUCUGGCAAUGUGCUCAAAUUAAAUUGAACAAGGUAUUUUUUUUAAAGUACACAUGCUGUUUGAGUCUCGUUUUUCCAUUUGAACUGACUUAGCAGUUAGCACAACUCCCAUGUUCCUUAGUGAUAUGAAUGUAGUUUUAAACAUCAGUUGUAUAAAUUGAUGACACAGGAAGUAACAUCAUUUUGGACUCUUUCUAUAGGAUGGUGGGAAGACAAGUAAAUGUUUUAAGUUCUUAUUAGGUUUUCAUACAAACCUCCCUGCAAUGGUAGUUUAUGGUUAUAUAAAUCAAACCACAAAAUAAUCAGAGAACAUUCUGAAUUACUUAAGGUUGUCACACAAAAACCUCCCUGCAACGUUCUGGGAACAUUAGUUUAUGGUUAUAAAAAUCAACCCUAACCACUAGAGAAUGUUUUGUUCAAGUUCUUAUAAGGUUGACACACUAAAAUCUAUAAAAAAUAAAACCUUACUAG